AUGCACCACCUAUCUUCCUCCUCCCCCUUAGAGGAUGCAUUCUCUAACACAACCAAUAAUCGAUCUUUUUCUGUAUGUGUAGAUCCCAAUGCAACCACAUCUGAAAACAAAGAGGAGAUGGAUUCUCGGUUGGUAUUCGUUGGAAAUGUUGACUAUGCAUGCACUCCAGAAGAAGUGCAGCAGCACUUUAAUUCUUGUGGAAUUGUUAACAGAGUGACAAUCCUGACUGACAAGUUUGGGCAACCAAAAGGUUUUGCUUAUGUGGAAUUUGUUGAAGUUGAAGCUGUUCAGGAAGCUAUUAAGUUGAAUGAAUCAGAAUUGCAUGGUCGCCAGCUCAAGGUGGCACUGAAGAGGACUAACAUUCCUGGGAUGAAGCAACCCCGCGGUCGAGGUUUCAAUCAAUACCGGCCAUAUGCUUUCCUAUAUCUUCGUGUACAUGUGAUUUAA